CUGAACUGGUUGGGAAAAAAGACGGGUUCCUUUCAGGAAAAAUGGCAGCUGUUGACAUCGACAUGCAGACGGAACUAGAGCCACAAAUAAUUAUUGACACCGACAUGGAGAGAAUGUUGGUGGGUGGAGCUGGGAGGGUCGUCUGCGAGAUGGGACACACCUUGGCUCAGGUGUGUCCUGGCAAUAAAUACUUUCCCCCAUACUUCGAGGAGACUCUCCGCGCGGACGUUUUUGUUGGGGCAUUUUGGGGCUUUGUUAAUUUAUUUUGGCACCUCUCAACACCCCUCAUCACCAUCAAUGCACGCAUCCACUCACUUACACUACUGAUUAAACACCAUUGUUACUUGUAUAUAAGUUACUUUAUUUAAUAAAUUUGUGUUAAUUCUUUCUUAGUCGUCUCUUUGUUACAGGCAGGUGCUUAUUGCACAGCGCAUUGUACUACUAUUUUUGGAGAAGAUUGUAUCGCAAGUUAUGCGAUAUGUCUAGGCUAUGCCAUAUGUAUUAGCUAAUAUGCAUGUGCAGCUGUCGUUUUGAAACAUCCAUUCUAGCAUAUGUGACACACCUUUCUAUCUCCAAGCUUUUAUUUGGUUUUCUAUGCAAAGUAUAUGAUUUAUUAUGCCUGCAGUCAGUUACUUGAAAUUACAUGUAAUCAUGCCAAAACAUGAUUCAAUUGUAUUCACUGACAGAGCGAUAACUAAUGAGACACACACAGACAUUAGGAUUGUGAUUUGACAUACAAAAGUUAUUUUUGUGAAAAUGCUUUUUAUCUGCCUUCCCAAUGGAAAGUAGUUCAAAUCUAUUUUCUAUGUAAAGAGAUGUACGUUUCUGGAUGAUGCAACAUGCUGCCUUGUUGACAACUUGACCGAGUGGCGUAUAUUACUGUUAGCUUUGAGAAGGACGUUCCUCCUUCACCGCUUUUGCCCUUUCACGUCACGGGCCAUAGAUGGGUGCACCAUGGCUCAGGUUAAUAGAACUCUCAUUGGUUUCCUUACCCUGUAAAUAGUCUAUGAACAAGGUAUAGCAGCAAUCCAUGCUUUGUUUUAGUUUCCCAUGCAGUGGCUGGCACGGUUGCAUUUGUGUCACAAAUCCCAUUUCAAGUCAUGUGACUGUUAUUAGCAUUUCUUUCGCAUCAUGUUCAAAUCAGCUGUAAGUGACUGAGUGUAACAAUCCAUUUUUAGGUGCUUUUGGAUAAUUUGGACAGGAUGUGCGGAAAGUGCUUACAAAUUUGUGCCACAAAUUCUAAAAUGUUAGCAUUUGGAAACAGUGCCAGGCAAACCAAAGCAUGUAUUGCUUGUCCAUAAACUCAGGGGCACAAUUUUAAAUUGGGACGGAGUUGCUAAAUUGCCGCUAUAGCCAAUCGAGUAGACUACACAUCCCCUAGUAGUAGGCCUAUGUCUUAAUGAUAUAUUUAUUUAAUCCCCUUCAUUGGUUUUGCUCCAGUGCCUUCUAUGUCCUCACACUGGGCCAGUUGUUUCUGUUUGUUCCAAUCAGGUAAACAUGCCAAGUGUGCUUUCCCAUUUGGUACACUGAGCCAAUUCAUUUGCAUAGGUCAACAUGUGUUUGUUACUAAGACGAGAUCCCCUGGCUGCUAUGCACAAAUAGAUUGCCUCUGAAUAUUUUUGCUGACAUCACAAUCAAAAUACCAACUAGCAAGUAAAGAGGAUUUGUCAAUAGAUUUUCCCCUGCUUAACUGGCUUAAGCGUAAUUGUAUAUCAGUUACUGCUGAAUUGUAGGUAACAUUUUUUGGUGGAUAGCCUGAAUGCUCCAUUUGUUUCUUUGUUUUCUCUCAGGGAGGCUGAGGGCUUCAAAGAUCAAGGAAAUGCUUUCUACGUCAAGAAGGAUUAUUCUGAGGCAUUUAACUACUACACAAAGGCCAUUGAUGCAUGUCCUAAAAACGCCAGUUACUAUGGAAACCGGGCGGCCACUCUCAUGAUGCUGUGCCGCUUCCGAGAGGCCCUGGUGGACUCCCAACGGGCCGUGCGGCUGGACGACUGUUUCAUGAAGGGCCAUCUGCGAGAGGGCAAGUGUCACUUGUCUCUGGGCAACGCCAUGGCAGCCAGCCGCUGCUUUCAGAAGGUCCUGGAACUUGAGCCCAGCAACAGCCAGGCGCAGCAGGAGCACAAAAAUGCCACAGCAGUACUGGAGUACGAACGAAUGGCAGAACUUGACUUCGAAAAGAGGGAUUUCAGAAAGGUGGUGUAUUCUAUGGACAAGGCCCUGGGAUUGGCGUCCACCUGUCAUCGCUUCAAAAUCCUCAAGGCUGAGUGUUUGGCCCUACUGGGUCGCUACCUAGAAGCCCAGUCUGUGGCCAGCGAUAUAUUGAGGAUGGACUCGACUAACGGAGACGCUCUGUACGUGCGAGGCCUGUGUCUGUACUACGAGGACUGCAUCGACAAAGCUGUGCAGUUCUUCGUGCAAGCACUGCGCAUGGCCCCAGACCACGAGAAGUCUCGGCUAGCUUGCAGAAAUGCCAAAGCUUUGAAAGCGAAGAAGGAGGAGGGAAACAAAGUGUUCAAGAACAGCAACUUUGAGGCAGCCUACCGGCUCUACUCGGAGGCCCUGGCGAUAGAUCCCAACAACAUCAAAACCAACGCCAAGCUCUACUGCAACAGAGGCACCGUCGGGGCUAAGCUGAAUAAACCUGAUCAAGCAAUCGAAGAUUGCACAAGUGCAAUAAAGUUGGACGACACAUAUAUCAAGGCCUAUUUGAGACGAGCCCAGUGUUAUAUGGACAUCGAACAGUAUGAAGAAGCUGUACGGGACUAUGAAAAGGUCUACCAGACAGAGAAGACUAAAGAACACAAGCAUCUCUUGAAGACGGCUCAGUUGGAACUGAAGAAGAGCAAGCGGAAAGAUUACUACAAGGUUCUGGGGGUGGGAAAGAAUGCCACAGAAGAUGAGAUUAAGAAGGCCUAUCGGAAACGGGCCCUCAUGCACCACCCAGAUCGUCACAGUGCGGCCACGCCAGAGGUACAGAAGGAGGAGGAAAAGAAGUUUAAAGAGAUGGGCGAGGCCUUCACUGUGCUCUCUGACCCCAAGAAGAAGACUCGCUAUGACUGUGGCCAUGACCUGGAGGAGGACAGCAAUAAUAUGGGAGAUUUCAAUGCCAACAACAUCUUCAAGACCUUCUUUGGAGGCCCAGCAGGAGGAUUCAGUUUUGAAUCCAAUCACAACCAAGCACCUGGAAAUGUAUUUUUCCAGUUUGGCUAGAAAUGAAGAAUGCCAUUGGGAAUGCUGUAGCCCUGUGGUGGACAAUAUUAAGUCGGACGCACCCUCACAACCUGAUUUUUAUGCUCCCAAUGUUUUUUGCAAAAUGUUGCUUUCACAAUGCUAAAAAGACACUCAGUGUUGUUAUCUGAGCGAGAGAGAUGGUGCUCAUCAUGCUUGGCAUCUUCCUAAAAUCUUUUUGGCUGUUUCCACCACAUUUGACAAUAUCCUCUUCAAAUUCAAACUGACAAGGGCGACUUUUGGUAGGUUUAGUAACUAAGAACGUAGCAAAUUAAAUAGGUUAAAGGUUUUUUGACAAGGGGGUUUCGGAAAAACUUGAAUCCUCAGGAAAUUGUCUUGAUUCUCUUUUGUGAGUAUUUGUCGCAAAGCAUGUUUUGAAGGCAUGAAAUAGGAGUACUGUUGCCAAAAUAUACAUUUCAUUGCUUGAAUGGAAAAUGUUUGCUGUACCUGGAGCAAGUAGAGCUUUGUAAAUGAACACAUGGGAGUGCAACUCCGUUGUUAGUUUUAGUAGGUCGCAUGAUUUUUUUCAUUCACGCCACAGAGGUCGCCCGGAAACAAAGUUAGCAUGGGAAUCAUUUGGCGGUAAAGCAGAAACUGACCUUAGGGCAGAGCCUAGGAACUACUUCAGUCCCAUGUAGAAUGAGGCCUGUUUUCAUUUGUUGGAUUUUCCUGCAGACUCAAACUACAGAUUCAUGUUAGUCUCCAUUUUGCUCAUUGAUGCAUUGUGCAUUUUACUGGCAUGUUUUAAGUCUUAUUUUGUGCUCCUAAUUUGAUUUGAGAUUUUGUUCAGUUCUCUUAAAUGUAUUUAUUUAUUGUAUAUUCAAACUGUAUCCAUCUCAAUGACAGUGUUGGUGAUAUUCCAUUUGAUUUCUAAUGUUUUCUAUUGAAUAGGAUGUAAAAAAAAACAUAUCCUUGACCCACGUAUGUAAAGUUUUGACCUCUUAAUAGAUCUAUUUUUCUCCAUGUGGUUUUCUAGCAUUGCUUUGGCCCCAUAAUACGAUGCAUCCGGUUUCAACUCCCAAGUGAACAUUUGAAACUUCAGCAGCUAGUCUUGUAGAUCAGUUUCUAACUCUGGUCCAGGCGAAGUACAUGUUCCUCUACAAACUAGUAGUGGUGCCUUAGAUGUUGACUAGACUGGACACGCUUGCGUGCAAAUGUUAAUUUUGUCCAUCUUUUUCUUUUUAUUGAACCUUUAUUUAACUAGGCAAGUCAGUUAAGAACAAAUUCUUAUUUACAAAUAUGGCCUAGGAACAGGCCAGGGGCAGAAUGACAGAUUUUUACCUUGUCAGCUCUGGGAUUUGAUCUAGCAACCUUUCGAUUACUGGCCCAAAGCUCUAACAGCUAGGCUACCUGCAGACAUGAUCAGGACACGCAGGUUGAAAUAUCAAAACGAACUCUGAACUAACUAUAUUACUUUGGGGAGAGGUCAAAACAUGAAAAAUGUAGCUAGCUACCUUGCUAGCUAAUUUGUCCUGGGAUAUAAACAUUAGGUCCUUUCUUUCUGGAUCUUUGUAGAAUUUUGGCCAAUUUGAGUCACACAAAUGUGUGUUCUCUGUCAAUCCACAUAUAGGAGUGGAAACCUUGGUGGUUUCUAGUAAUCUCUCCUUUAGUUUUGUUCUUUCUUCUGUGAACUUUAUAUGGCAGUUGGUGACCAACUUUAAGAUGCAUUACCACCAACUGGACUGGAGUGGGAACCUCAGUUCAUCCUUCAAUCACCCAUGUGGGUAUAUUCUCCUGAAAAUGAAUGAGGAGAUUGGAGAGGUGGGACUUGCAGCGUGUCACGAGUAAAAAAUAGAACCGUCUUCUAUUUUAGCACCUAGCUACUCAGACGCUCGUUGACACGCACAAGUUGUUUGGAUGAAAUGAUUGAAUAAUGUAUGUGUACAUUUAUUUUGCAAUAAUGACCCCACUGACUGACGUUGCUUAAACACAAAGGUUGAGAAACUCUUGUAAAGUGUGCUAACUAAAGUCACCUAUUUUAAUUGUAAUUUUACUUUGAAGAUGUUUAAAUUUAAAGUCUGGCCAGUCUAGGCAAUGGGAUCUUGAAAGAAGAUGACAAAAAAAACAGAUCCCUUUUUUGCACCUAGAAUCAGCUCUCAUUGAGAGGCUUUUAUUCUGCUUUUGGGGAUUGUCAUCAUGCCUUGUAUCUGUCAUGAACGUUUGGUCAGUAUGUCCCUCUCAAUCUGUGUGCUUCUCACCUGUGUGCCAGGUGGUAGGUUGAAAACGUGAACAGAAACGCUACAUUUUCAUGAUCCUAUUACCUGUGUACUUUAUUUUAUUUAUUUUUUUAAGAAUAUGCCUCUGUACAAUGUUUUGGUUGAAGGAAAUAAAAAUUAAUCUUUUCCCCUUA